AGUUCCUCUCCGGCCGCCGUCGCGCGCGCUUCCUUCUCGCCCCCUCGUUCCGUCUUAUAUACGUCGGGAGAUAGAUCGACUCGAUAGUCUCGAACAGUAUAUAUACCCCGUGUGUGUUUAGUGCCGGCGCAAUCAGGAGAAAAAAAAAGAAAAACAGUGCACGACCGCAGUGAGUGUCUCGGGGCCGAGGCCCGAGGAGCUUCCUCCUGGAUGCUUCGCGCAAGCUCUCCUGCUGCAGCCUCCCUGCAGCUCACGCCGGCGCGUCGCAGCUCGUCAUAGAGCAGGAGUCUAGCCGCGAAAAUCAGCAGCCGAGGCGAAGGCGGCGCAGACGGCGGGAGACAGCACAACACGGCGACAGGAUGAUGCGUGACUACGUGAUGCUGCUGUCGUGGCUCUGCACGGUGCACGGCAAGGAAGUCAAUUUUUGGCACAUCAGCGACAUCCACUACGAUCCGAACUAUUCCAUCCAGGGCAACGGCGACGGAAAAUGCUGGAGUACGCCGUCGAACGCGGACAUAGGCCACAUGAGGCUGACGGAUAAGAUGCCGAGCGCCGGGGUCUACGGGCACUACAACUGCGACUCGCCCUGGGCUCUGGUCGAGUCGGCGGCCAAGGCCAUGAAGUCCAAACAGAUCGAAGGCAUCGAGUUUGUGCUCUGGACUGGAGACACGGUGAAGCGCUCGGAGAGCAUGACGGAGGAGUCGCGGCUGCAGUACCUGAAAAACAUCACGGACCUGCUGUCGCACACGUUCACGAGCCAGUUCGUCUUCCCGGUCUUGGGCCACGAGGACUUGGGGCUGCCGCUCUCGGCUGUCGCUCAGCUCUGGGGCAAGUGGCUGCCCGGCGAGGCCAUCACCACCUUCGCCAAGCACGGCUACUACACGAUAGAGCAGCGCUCGAAGAACUACCAGAUCAUAGCGCUGAACACGAACCUGUGGCUGUCGGCGGAUUCGAUGGACAACCGGGUGCCGACUCAGCGAGCGACGAGCAGCGCGGCAGCUCACGCCGCGGCCGCCGUUACCACCGCUACCGACCCUGACGGCCAGUGGAGCUGGUUCCGAAUGGUCCUCGACAAGGCCCGCAAGGAGGACAAGACGGUCUACAUAGUGGGCCACACUCCGCCGGGAAUCGACGACCGAGAGAGCGGCAGCGGCGUCCUCGCCGAGGAGCACAACACCCGCUACCUGCAGACGGUGCGCCAGUACUCGGACAUGAUUCGCGGACAGUUCUUCGGGCACUGGCACUCGGACACCUUCAGGCUCAUCUACAGCGAUAACGGUGAGCCGGUAUCCUGGGUAAUGGUGGCGCCGAGCGUCACGCCAUACAGAGCCGGUGGCCCGAAUAAUCCCGGUCUGAGGCUCUACAAAUUCGACAACGACACCGGGCAGGUACUGGAUUACGCCCAGUACUAUCUGAACUUGCCGGAAGCCAAUUCGGGCAAACGGGCCAAUUGGCGCCUGGAAUACAACCUUCGGGAUUAUUACGAGCUCAGCGAAAUAACGGCUCUGAGCCUUCACGACCUCGCCGAUCGAUUCACGCAGUCCAGCGACAAUAAGUUCGUCAGGUACUACGGCGCCAACAGGGUAGCGCUACCCCGAGAGGUGGAGGAGAUCUGGGGCUGCGGCGGCGCGCUGAACGGGCUCUGCGCACUGCAGCACUACUGCAAGGUGACGCGGCUCACGCAGCGAGCCUACAGCAACUGCGUCUCCUCCUACGCCUACGCUCUGGCCGCGGCUGCGUCCAGUGCUCUCGGACCGAGACUGAUGGGCCUCCUGCUGCCGGCGCUUCUCCUGCUAGCCCGGUAGGGACCAGAGCUGCGCUGCACACUCGAGUGAGCAUCGAGACACCGACUGACUGAUGUUGUACGCAUACAUACUUUACGAGACAUAUCCCGUGUGUUCUCUCGUGCGCCGAUGUGCGCGUGGAAUCGGCUUGGGGGAAAAAUACUCUACCCGAGCAAACUCGGCGGGUAUAAUCUACUCGGCGGAUCUUUCCAAGCCCCGCCGCGCGCGCAGAGCGAGAAUUAUGUACGUUUUUAAAACUCGCAAUCGUUUACGGGGUUAAAAGCUCCGAGCGGCGCCGCGGAUAUAUCUGUUUUUAAGUAUCAAACUUCCCGAAAGCGGAUAGAGAGUAAAGAUAUUGCGCGCGCCGAGCGAGUGUCUUUCCUUUAAACGCGGUUUGAGAGACUGCGCGAGUUUUUCAUUCUUUUUUUUUUUUUUUUUUAUCAAACGAAAGCUCAACAAUUUUGCGAUCCAUUCAAUUCUUCUUUUUGCUUCCAUCGAUAUUUCACACACGUAUUCCGUACACGAGACGCCCACAUUUUUCGGCGCGAAAUACUGGCGCGUGGAAAUAUAGAGCUUCUGAAAAUAAAAAAAUCGCCCGCAAAGAUUUUUUCCCCACUCAAAAAACCAUCGGUCCACUUCGUUGAAAGAGAGUCACGCGCGCGCGAGGACAAACAGGAAAAUUCGCCCGAGAGCGAAAAGAGGAGGGAAUAAAGCGCGUAUACGUGAUCGCGGGCGCAAAGUAACGAAAAUCGAGCCAAACAAGGGGGUACACGUCGUCAAUAGGACUGGUUCUGCGCGCGCGCAAAAAAAGGAGCGAUCGAAGUAUGUACGAGUUCGGAAUUCAAACGCCACUGCACAGCCGCGACUGCCCGACAAAGCCAAAGCGCGCGGAAUUCCGUUAAGUUUUUCAGCUCCGAAGGGAAUUCGCGCGCGUCGUGUUGUGUGUAUGUAAAUUACGUACAUGCAUUUAUCGUAAGAAUGAGGUGAAAAGAGGAGGAUAGGUAUAUGGGGAGAAACGUUCGCAUCUUCAUGUAUCACCCGCGCAAACUUGUAAUAGUCCGUAAGUAUAGAGGUGGAUAUUAUUCCACGGCAUCGUUGUACAAUAGCUAAGGUGUAUGUGUCUGCGAGAGUGUAGUACAGCGCGUCGAUGUAGUCCACGAGCAUCAACGGACGGUCAGUCGCGGUACACAGGUAACGUAAUCCCGAACAGAAAGCAAAUUUCCUAGGUUUGAUUCAAGCGAUAAAAAAAAUUACACGUACACCGAGCGUUUUCCCAGAAAUCCGAGGGAGAGAGAAAUCCCACUCUUCUCCCCGCAGCCUCUUUUUCAUGCCCUUUUAUUCGGCCAAUUAAAGCUGCAGCGCAGCGUCCCCUUUAUUUUCGCCCGUAGCACCGCGGCUUGGCUGCGAGCAGCUCCAUUCACAAAAAAAAGAGAGAAAGAGAGGAAAAAAACGUUUUACCCACUUGGCACUCUCUUCCGCGCACUCAACUUCAUUAUGAAGACGGCGCAGGCGCGUGUUCUAGCUCUCUCCUCUCGCUUACACUGCCCUGGUGUGUUUGGAGCACCGCCGGAAGAUUUUCGAUGUACACAUUCGAGCCGUAUAACAAUCUGUCCGGUGAUCCGCGCUCGCGUUGGCGGAUAUAAAGCCGCGCGCGGUAUUAUUGCCGUUUUCAUUAAUGAUAUCGAUCUCGCGCGCUGUUAUUGCGUUUUCACGUGUUAUAUCGAGAGAAAUUUCAUUGCGCUUUCGCCCCAUACUCUUUUAAUUAUAUAUACGCGUGAGAUGGCGGGGGAUCGCUUCCUCUUUAGUCGGGAGGAAAUUGCGCGAUAAAAAUUAACGAUUUCGUUAACGGCCAUCUCUCGCGAUUAUACGCGUUAUACGGGGGAUCGAAUUCCAGAGCGCGAGAGAGACUUUUGUAUUUCGGAGUAGUAGCGCAUAUAUUAUAUUAUUAUUGAUUUGACGAUCGAUCGCGUUCCGUUCAAGUUUGCAGGAUAUUUUAGAAGACUGUUUCGUAUUGUAUUGUUAAAAGAAAAGCACUGUACGUUGAUCCGUUGAAUUUCGCAAUUAUUAAACGCUGCAAUUUAAGCAUUAGAAUCCCUCAUUAUUCAUCGCGUUAACGCAUACGCCGGGCUAUAAAUAAAAAUCCCAUAACCCAUUACACGCUUACUCCGUCGAAUGCCGAGUAUGCGCGCGCGGAGAAAAUUUUUCGCUCCGUAUUAGCACAAAAAAAAGAACGCAGCUUCGAACGCGCCAAAGGGAAUUGGCUGCGCAUAGCCGGAAUAACAGUUAUCGUCGAAUGAAUUCCAUCUCGCGCGAUAUCUGCAGGCACUGUUCGAAUUCCAGCGAGAUGGAAAUUGAGCAGAAAAACAAGAUAAAAACGAGAAAAAUUGUCUCCCUAUCCCUUUUUCGGUGUUGUACACUGAGAGAAAAGAAUGCUUGUCGCAAAGGAUUCGCAACUUAACCACAUCUUAUUUUUCAUGUAUUUGUUGCAAACGAAAAUUUCUUCAUAGUAAGAGAAGAAUUCUUAACUAUUAAGGAUUUAGGAAUUUUUGAGCGAUUGGCGUCGAAACGUGUGCGUAUACUAUUUCACGCGUGAAGCAUAUUGAUGCACAACAUUUGAAAUAUCGUAGGGCUUAUUCGAUGAAGUCGAAGAUUCUGUAUGCAUAAAUACUUUUGUGAUAGUUUCAUAUAUGCAAUAUAUUUUGCAAAAACAAAGAAUCUUUCAACAUCGAAUAGUCUCAGAGCGAUACUAAAUGAUAAUAAGAAGUGAAAACAAGUAAUUAUAAAGUUUUAGUUAUUUUACGUCGAUGGAAAGAAAGAUACGAAAAUUCAAAAAUCUGAAAACCUAACUGUUAAGACGCUUGGAUUUCUCCAUAUUUUAAUCCAAUUUUCUUAACAGUUAAGAAUUCUGCUUUGUGUCAAGGAUUCUUUUCUCUCAGUGAUACAUAUUAGACAUUCCAUAUUGUUCAUCCCUCGGUUCUCCUCGAGCAUCUCGACUUCCCGGGGUUUCGAAGGCGGAGAAAGAAAGACAUUGUGCGUCCAAGUGCAGGACGUGAGACGAAAUUAGGUGCCGGCGCGCGAAUCGUUUCUGAAAUUGUUAUUUCGUUAUCGACACUCGCCGGAUAUGGCGUAUUGAAAAGAGCGGUCUAUCCUGCAUACACACAGACACACGAACACACAUACACGUAUACAGAGAAGCGCAGCGUUUUUCGAUAUAUGAUAAUAAUAAUAAUGUGUUGUCGCGCGAUAUCCUUAUAGCCUAUAGCUAUAUACGUGUGUAAAUUUCGCGAGCCGAGAGCAACUCGACUCGCGUCGCAGAGAUGACGAUCGCAACGUACGAAAAUAUUGCGCCGCGAAUGGACGAUACUAUAUAUACAUGAUAUAUAUUACGUUGGGCGAAUGAAAUUGUAGCCUAAAGAAAACGAAGCGACGCGCGAUAUGUAGAGAGCGAGUCGAGGCGGGAGUGCGAAUUAUGCGAGCGCAAGAAAGAAUCGUUAUAUACAUGUAUAAAAUGAAUAUGAUAUAUCUAUAUUCGUACCACUUUUUUGUGAUUAUCAUCAUGCAGUAUUUCUCAAUAAAGAGAGUAAUUUGUUUGUAA